AUGGGCAACAAGCUGGAGUGGGUGCUGACAGCAAAGUCGCUCCAGGCGGCAAGAGAAAGUCCAGGAGUUGGAGGUGCUCUUCUGGUCACUGGCGAGAUGGAGGUCGCUGGGGUGUACUGUCGCUUGAAGUUUUUCCCUGACGGCAGCCCGCUGCGCCAAGUUCCGGGCUUCUGCAGCUUAUACUUGGUCUGUACCGUUCCGAACGUCCACGUCCGGUUCAGGCUGUUUGCGGGAACAAAAUUUUCGCCUGUCCUAGAGGCCAACACGGCACGAGGUGGCCGGGAUCAGGGCAGGCAUGACUUGUGCCACUUGAAGGAUGUUCUGGGAGCUGACGGAGGCAUUGUCGUUGGUGCAGAGAUACUGGAGGUUCAACCAGCAACAUGA